AUGACAAUUGAACAAACAAACUCAAUAAAUCUAAAUCAAUUCAAUGAAAAUACGCUACAUAAUCUACUAAACAAUUGUUUAAAUAAAAUAUACUCCUCCGAUAAUUUAUUGGUUCUAGAUCCAGUACUAUCACCAUUUAUAAAUAAUUUAACAACAUUUCUGAAUAUAAAGGAAAAUGGAAAAUGUCAAAAUGUUACUUGGUUGAAUGACGAAUUGAUUGAACUACCUUUAAAUGUACUAUCUAAAUAUUCAAGCUUGAUUAUAUUAUUACUUGAAUCAUCAGAGAACUUGAAAAAACUCGAAAGAUAUAUUCAACAUAUACAGAAUAAUGUUCACAACUUAAAAUUUAAUAUUAUCGUUAAGGAUUUAAGCAAGACUUUUUUGUAUCAAUUAAAUAAGUCAUUCAACGGAAUAAAUGAUUUCGAAAAAAUACUAGCUUUGAACAAACCAUUGAAACCUAUAAGUAUAACAUCAAAGAUUAAAGUAUUUAAUUGGGAAACUGAUCCAAUAUAUUCAGAUGGAAUAUUAAUCACUGACAUAAGCCAAUAUGGAGGGUUAGAUGAUUAUUUUGAGAAACCAAUAAAACAAAUAAAUGAACUAUCAGAUACAUUAAUAAAGUUAUUAUUUCUAAACAAUGGUGAAGAUAAUCUACAACAUCUAUUCAAACUACGAAAUGUUUAUGGUAAAGGGGAUCAUUCAGAAUUAUUAAUAAAUACAUUAAUGAAAUCAAAGAUUCCAAAUUAUUUAACAGAAAAUAAAACAAAUAUUGAAAUUGAAUUUUAUAAUGAAAAAUUAACAAGUAAUACAGAUUUAGUGGUUAUUGAAAGAAACUUGGAUUAUUUUCCAUUGAUUUUUAAUCAACUAAAUUACCAGGGUAUUAUUGAUGACUUGUUUGAGAUCAAAUUUGAAAAUAUAGUAAACUUAGACAAACAAAAUUUAUCGGAUGAAUGGUACACAAAGGACUUGAAAGAUUUAAAUUUUUCAACAAUCGGGUUAAGAUUAAAUAAAUUAGCUAAAUUAAUUCAACAAAAAUUCAAAGAUUCAGGAUCAGUUGGAGAUUCAAAUUUGAAUGAUAUGAAGAAUCUAGUGUCCAGUUUGGGUAAUUUAACUUUACAACAAGAACUUAUCAAAAAACAUACAAUUAUUGGAGAAGCUAUAUUAAGUAAAGUUAAUAAUGAAUACGAAAAAUUCCUAACACUACAGAAUGACAUCUUCGAAAUGGAUUAUAAAUUACAAAUAUCAAAUUUAAAAUUCUUUAUCAAUAGUAAUUACAAUAUCGAAUUUAUAUGGCCAACAAUCUUAUUGAUCAACUUCAUAAAUGACGGAAUUUUAAAUAAAGAUUUAGAAAAAAUAUCAAUAGAUUUACAAGAUAAUUUUGGUUUAGAAGCUUCAUUAUCAUUAGAAAAAUUAAUCAAAUUAAAAUUAAUAAGAGUUAUAAAUGAUUCAUCAAAUGAUUUUUUAACUACCUUGGGAUUAAGUAGUCAAAAGAAACAUCAAACUCCAAACAUUGAAGAUACUCAAACCUUGAAAGGAAUAAGUGGUGCAAAAGAUGUUUUUAAAAGUAAUUAUACAUUAAUUAAUAAAUUUUGGAAUUUACAUCCAAUUGAAGAUGAAGAUGAAAAUAGAACAACAAAUAAAGAACUGACUGAUUUAAUUCAAAUUUAUUCAAAUCCAAGUUUUACAUUACCAGGUAAUACAAUACCAUUAACUUAUAGAAUAAUUGAAUCAUUAUAUUUUAGAGAUUUUUUAAAAUAUAAACCAGUAAAUAAUUUAAAAAAAAGACCAAAUUGGGAUAAUUUAGGUUUAAAUACAAUGUUUUCUGGUAAACUAAUUGAUUUAAAUUUAAAUAAUAUAAAUAAUGAUAAACUGAAAUAUUUAAUAUUAGUAUUUUUAGGAGGUAUAACAAGAAGUGAAUUAACUUGUUUAAAAUAUUUAGAAGAAAAAUUAAUUGAAAAGGGAAAUAAGAAAGAGAUAAUCAUAAUCUCGAAUGGAAUUAUAAACCAUCAUAAAUUAUGGGAAUACAUAAGUCAAUAA